AUUUAUCUCGGAGUAAAGCCUCCACAGAUCAAGGAUGUUGAUUCUGCUGGCUUUCAUUAUUGUGUUUCACAUCACCUCGGCAGCACUGCUGUUCAUCUCAACGAUUGACAAUGCCUGGUGGGUGGGAGAUAAUUUUUCUGCAGAUGUCUGGAGAAUGUGUGCCACGAAUGCUAGCACCUGUACGGCCAUUACCGAUCAGUUCAGAGAGUAUCAAUCAAUUCAGGCUGUCCAGGCCACCAUGAUCCUGUCUACUAUUUUCUGUUGUGUGGCGUUUCUGGUUUUCAUUCUUCAACUCUUCCGCCUGAAGCAAGGAGAAAGAUUUGUGUUAACCUCUAUUAUCCAGCUCCUGUCAUGUCUGUGCGUUAUGAUUGCAGCUUCCAUUUACACAGACAGGCACGAAGAGCUACACAAGAGCAACCAGUACCCCACUGACAUUUCUGAAGGCCAGUACGGCUACUCCUUCGUCUUAGCCUGGGUCGCAUUCAUCUUUACUCUGAUCAGUGGCGUGAUGUACCUAGUAUUAAGGAAGCGUAAAUAAAUGUCAGCAGCUAGUUAUUUCUGUCACUGCAGUACAAAACCAAAUUCCAGUAACCAUUUUGUAUAUAAUCAUUUACAUGGUUUUGUAGUAAAGGUAUUGUUUCUCUAAAAA